GCUCGCCAGCCAAGCCGUCACUUUAGAAUCGGACACCGACGCAGUAGAUCACUAUGCCUGCCAGCUUCUUCAGCUCUCUACGCGACCGCGUAGCCGCCGUGGACUCGCUCUUGUGUGUGGGUCUUGACCCUCACGUAGCUGAACUCCCUGAGGCCACCGCCGCUGCGGCGCAGACCUUCUGCCUCAACAUCAUCGAGCAGACGCACCACGUCGCGGCCGCCUACAAACCCAACUCGGCUUUCUUCGAGGCUUUCGGUGCCGAGGGUAUCACCGCGCUCCACGCCGUCAUCAAGGCUAUCCCCGCUGGCAUCCCCGUCCUUCUAGACGCCAAGCGUGGUGACAUCAGCACCACAGCCGCUGCGUACGCCGUCUCCGCCUUUGACAAACUCGAGGCGCACGCCAUCACACUGGCCCCAUACAUGGGCGCAGACUCCAUCGACCCGUUCGUACGCGGUCACCCUGAACGCGGCUGCUUUGUGCUGUGUAAGACGUCGAAUCCUAGCGCGAACGACUUCCAGACGCUGCCCGUGGGCUCGCGUGCGCUGUUCGAGGAGGUGGCAGCCAAGUGCGAGCAGUGGAACUCCGAGGACAACGUCGGUCUCGUAGUGGGCGCCACGGACGUUGAAGCGCUGCGUCGUGUGCGCGCUGUGACGCCCAAUCUGUGGAUCCUGGCGCCUGGUAUCGGCGCCCAGGGUGGCAAUCUGGAGGAGGCCGUGACGGCCGGUCUGUCAGCCGACGGCCUGGGUCUGCUCGUGCCUGUAUCGCGUGGUAUCUCCAAGGCCGCCAACCCCAAGGAAGCGGCCGAGUCUCUGCGUGACGCCAUCAACGCUGUUCGCAAGACGAAAGUGGCUACAUCGACCAUUGUAGCCAAGUCGAGUGCCAACGAGUUCAUUAAGUUCGCACUGUCGUUCGGUGUGCUUAAGUUCGGUGACUUUACGCUAAAAUCGGGCCGUAAAAGCCCCUACUUCUUCAACGCCGGGUUGUUCCGCACUGGUCGUGCACUCGGUCAGCUCGGCAAGUUCUACGCACAGGCGAUCCAUGAUAGCGGAGUGGAGUUCGAUGUGCUGUUCGGUCCGGCCUACAAGGGCAUCACACUGGCGGCUGCUGUGGCCAUCGCGUACGCUGACAUGUACGGCGUGGACAUUCCCUUCGCGUAUAACCGCAAGGAGGCCAAGGAUCAUGGCGAGGGAGGCGUACUCGUCGGUGCCGAUAUGACUGGCAAAAAGUAAGUUGCAAUGGUUUUUUUUUUAGUUUUUUUUUUACGUGAUUUUUAUUUAUUGUGUUUUUUUCUUGAAUAGGGUGCUGAUUAUUGACGACGUGAUCACGGCUGGCACUGCUAUUCGUGAGGCUUUCGGGAUCUUGGAGAAGACGAACGCGCAGGUCUCGGGUGUUUGUAUCUCGCUGGACCGUCAGGAGAAGGUUUCGAUCGAGGACACCCGCUCUGCUAUUGACCAGGUGAGGGAGAGCUUCGGUAUCCCAGUGAUCAGUAUUGCCACUCUCGACAACCUCGUGGGUUACCUUGAGACCGUGGACGCAGAAUCGGAUGACAACGCUUCGUACCUGCCGGUCAUCCGUACCUACCGCGCCGAGUACGGCGUAUCCAAGCAAUAGAUUGCUACAGUUUUAAACUCGCAGUCAUAAUAAAAAAGCGAUGUGAACGUCCUACA